AUGCCCCGCGGAUCUCAUUCGCGCACUCGUUCCCAAGAUUAUCACCAAGACCAUCACCACCAUCACCGUGACGGUCACUACAGCAACUAUGAGCGUUCACGCUCGCGGCACCCCGACCAGCACCGUCACCGUCGCGGCUCAGUGACAGCAGGCGAGACAGAUCUUGAGACCGAUGCCAAGGCUUAUCAGCACCAGAGACGAGAACAACGACGCAGGCGACGGUCUCAGGGGCCGACAUCUGACAAUGAGGAGGGCACCCUACCCCCAGGCCAGCCUCUGUCAGCUGCCGCGCUCGCCAAGCUGAACCGGGAAAAUGAGAUUGCCCGGAUGAAAGAGCAAAGGGAGAGGAGGAGGAGGGAGAGGGAGGAAGCGCGGAUAAGAGAAAGGGAAGAGGCACGGGCGAGGGAAAUGGAAAAGGAAAGGGAGAGGGCACGAGAACGGGGACAGGAAAGGACCAGGUCACGAGGGAGGAGUCGAGGAGGGGUAGCUUCCGAGACAAGAGGGGCAGGAUGGGAAAGCGAGCAUGAGAGGAGGAAGAGAGACCGACAAAGGGAACGGGACCGGACACGAGAAAGGAGUGGUCGGGGGUAUGAGCCGGUUAGGGCUGCUGAGGAAGAUGGUGAGGAGGCGGAUGAGGGGCGGCAGCAACAACAGAAGUAUAGGGAGAAUAGGAGGAGCAAGAGAGUUGUCAGUGGAGUCUUGAUGGAAGAAGGAAAGGUUGGAAAGCCUGAGAAGGAUGAGAAUGGGUAUACCGGGUUAAGAGCAUCUUGGGGAACAGGGUCAAGUAUUCUCAGGAUAAAGCAACAGGCAGUGCAACAGGCAGUAACUGGCGAAAAGCUGCCGUGGUAUAAGCAGAAGAAGAAGCUGCUGAUCUACCUGGCCAUCUGCUUUGUACUCUUCCUCAUUGUUAUCAUCGUCGGUGCUGCGGUUAUUCCCAGAGUGGGAGAGAGAAAGGACUCCGAUAAGCCGACUGGGAAUAACAACAAACCGACAGGGCUUGACAGCAUCUCCCGCGACAGUAUUCCUGCCGACGCCCCUGACUGGCUCAACCCCUUCACCUGGGCCGACACAACCGAUUUUAACCUAACCUACACGGACGAGACGGUCGGCGAUCUGCCUGUAAUGGGUCUUUUCACUACCUGGGACGACUCAGCCCGCGCGAACGAGCACGUCCCUCCAUUAAAGGAUCCAUGGGGCGAUUAUGGGAAGCGUCCUGCUCGCGGCGUAAACCUCGGUGGUUGGCUGUCCCUGGAGCCAUUCAUCACACCCUCACUUUUCAAUUACGAUCGGCGCUUGGGCAUCGUGGACGAGUACACUCUCUGUCAGUACCUCGGUGAAAGGCGCUGCGCAGAGACGCUCGAGAAGCACUAUGCCACUUUCGUAACAGAGGACACAUUCCGCGAGAUCGCCGAGGCAGGGCUCGACCAUGUGCGUAUCCCCUUCUCCUACUGGGCAGUCCAGACGUACGACGGCGAACCGUACCUGUUCCGCACGUCAUGGAGAUACCUCCUUCGAGGCAUUGAGUGGUGUCGAAAGUAUGGACUUCGAGUGAACUUAGAUCUACACGCCCUACCUGGCAGCCAGAACGGCUGGAACCAUUCCGGCCGUCUCGGUGCCAUUGGUUGGCUCAACGGCACAAACGGCGAGCUCAACGCGCAACGCUCCCUCGAAAUCCACGACCGUCUCUCCAAGUUCUUCUCCCAGCCCCGCUACCACAACAUCAUCACACACUACGGCCUAGCCAACGAGCCAAAAAUGACCAAACUCGACGCCGACCGCGUAAUCCAAUGGACCGAGCAAGCAGCAAACCUCGUCCGGCGCAACGGCAUCUCCUCCUCACGUACCAUCAUCGUCUUCGGCGACGGCUUCCGCGGCCUCCACAAAUGGCAGGGCCAGCUCCAGAACGUAGACAACGCGGCGCUCGACGUGCACCAAUACGUCAUCUUCAACAACGACCAGAUCGUGCUGAACCAUUCGGCCAAAGUGCGCUUUGCCUGCGAGUCGUGGACUGAGCAGACGCUGCUGAGCAUGGACCGGUCGACUGGGUUCGGCCCGACGCUCGUGGCCGAGUGGUCGCAGGCUGAUACGGAUUGUGCGAAGCACUUGACGAAUGUUGGGUGGGGGAAUCGCUGGACGGGAACAUAUGUGAGCGGCGAUCCCGCGCUGGAUGCGACUAGCCCGAGGUGUCCGACCCAGGAUAGGAGGUGUAGCUGUGAGCUGGCAAAUGCCCCUCCUUCGCGGUGGAGCGAGUCGUACAAGAAGUUUUUGAAGAUGUUCGCCGAGGCGCAGAUGUCGAGUUUUGAGAAGGGAUGGGGCUGGUGGUAUUGGGUUUGGGAUACAGAAGAUGCAUAUCAAUGGAGCUACAAAAAGGGCCUCGAGGCUGGCGUGCUGCCGAAAAAGGCCUACGAGCGCGAUUUCGACUGCGAUCUGUCCCAAAUCCCGAGCUUCUCGGACUUGCCCGAGUACUACUAA